GUUCCCCCUCUCCAAUCCACCCAACGUUACUCACUUACCCCCCUUAAACAACCAACAACAAAAAACAUCCACCCCACCCAUCCCAGCGACAUGGAUCUAGCCUACGACCACAUCGAAGGCGAGAUCUUCGCCGCCAGCCAGCGCGCCAAGAAAGAAGACAACAAAGAAAGCGGCGCCACCCAAGAAGGCGACUCCAACAAUGCCGCCGCCGCCGACCACCCGCCCGUCGAUCUCAACACCGAGCUGCAGGAGACUUUCCGUGCUUUCUCCGCCAGCCCCUGGGGCGUUCGCAUUGGUGGACUGUGGGAUAAUGUGCGCAAGCAGGGAGAGAGUUACUAUGAGGGUGCUAGGCAGGAGUAUGCCGCUGCUAGCGAGGAGGCCGUUAAGGGGUUCUCGGACCUGAGGGAGAAUAUUGUGGGUCGCACACGUGGAUUGUCGCUGAGUACGGCGUUUGCUGGCGGGGAGGAUGCCGAGGGUAGUAGCAGUGGUGCUGCCAAGGACGAGGCGUCUACGCCGACCGGCACGGGCGCCGAAGGCGAGGGGUCUGCGUCCGGGGAGGGAUUCCUGGCACGCUUGAAAGCCGAGGCAGCUCGGCGGCUGAAGGAGAUCGAGAAGGCGGAGGAAGCAGCCGACGAGGCUAUCUUGCGAUUCGGGAUGAAUAUUGGGCAGAAGCUGCGUGACGCUGUGAGCAUCGUUCCGCCGGAUUCGGAGGCCGAUAAGCUGCUCUUUGAGAGCAAGGACGCGGAUGGCAAGCGGGUGAUCCAUGCGACGCGCUUUGAGGCCCAGUUGCACGUGAUUCAUUCGAAUCUGGAGAGCUUCACGAAGGAUCCGGUCAGCGAUGAGUGGGCGGCGUUUAAGGAGAAGUUCGAUAUUGAUAGUAAGACGGAUGAUGUCGCUGCUGAUCUGGAGAAGUAUCCUGAGCUGCGGUCUGCGAUGGAGAAGUUGGUGCCGGAGCAAGUGGAGUAUGCGACGUUUUGGUGCAGAUAUUAUUUCUUGCGUCUCGUUAUUGAGACGGAGGAGCAGAAGCGCAAGGAGUUGCUGAAGGGCGCCAACGCAGGCGACGAAGAAGAGGUCGCGUGGGACGACGAUUCUGACGACGACACCGACUCCCCCUCGACCCCGCAAGUCAAGACCAACAAGCCCACCGACGACGUCCAAGCCGACGCUGCCCCAGCCGCCGAGAAGUCUACUCCCAAGUCCAACGAACGCCGCCCCUCCAACGACCAGCAAUCAUCCGCGGACAGCGAAUCCAGCUAUGACCUCGUCAGCGGAACCACCAGCCGCACGCCCGCCAGUCCCAAGGAAAAGGCCAAGGACGACGAGAGCGACGAUGACUGGGAGUAAGGAUAGCGCGUGUCGUGAGUGGCAAGUCUUGAUUUGGAAACACCGUCUAUGUCUAUAGGUAUUUUGACGCUUUACAUCUUGACGAAGGAGUUAUGGUUUUUUGUUCACUGUUUUUUUUUUGUCUUCUGAUUGUCGAUUAUAGGAGUUAGCUGUUGAGGACUUGUUGUUUAUUGCGUUGUCAAGCGACUAUUUAGUUUGCUUUCUUGAUAUCAAUCCCCCGCGUGGACAUCUUUUUCUUUCGUUGGUUGAUUGUUUGCGAUGGGUCUCACUCACUGUUACAAACGGUGGAUCGUCCUGUGCUACAUGGCCGGUCAAUCAACAUUUUCUUACCUUGUAUCUACGCUGUAGCUACUGUUCUACCAUCUGAGCACCUAGCUAUUUACAAC